CAGACCCAGUUCAGUCCCUAACCGGGAGACUCUGAACUGAACUUGAAGAUAUCAGAGAGCCAGAAGAAAAAAUGGGAAGAUCUCCUUUCAGUGAUGAGAAUGGUUUGAAGAAAGGACCUUGGACCCCUGAAGAAGAUAACAAGCUUGUUCAUUACAUUCAGAAACAUGGCCAUGGAAGCUGGAGGUCUCUCCCCAAACUAGCUGGGCUUAACAGAUGCGGCAAGAGUUGCAGGCUAAGAUGGACGAACUACUUGAGACCAGACAUAAAGAGAGGGAAGUUUUCCAAAGAAGAAGAAGAGAGAAUUCUGAAUCUGCAUGCUAUCCUGGGAAACAAAUGGUCGGCAAUUGCGAGGCACUUACCAGGUCGUACUGAUAAUGAAAUAAAGAACUUCUGGAACACUCACCUGAAGAAGAAGCUGAUUCAAAUGGGUUACGAUCCCAUGACUCACCAACCACGAACUGAUAUCUUCUCUAGUCUCUCUCAUCUCUUAGCUCUCGCCAACCUUAAGCAACUUCUGGAUCAUAAUGCUUCCAGUCUUCAAUUCCUGCAGCAUCUUGUUCAACCUCGUACCAGUAGUCAUCAAGCAAACACAAACGCUAUGAACAUCGACAGUUUCGCCCACUUGAUGAAUCCGUCACUUCAUCAGUUAGACAACAACGUUGUCAAUAAUAAUGACUCGUCCAUGGCUUUUUCCCACAUGCCUGAGUUAAUCACUCAUUCUUCUUCUUCUUCUACCUAUCAGACGCCUCCAUUUAUUAGCAAACAGGACAUGGUUCAAAUCCCAGAAUAUUGUACAGUGAACAACAAGGAAGAGAGUGGUUCUCCCAAUAAUUCCACGUGGCUUCAGUCGUGUGUAAGCACGCCGUCUCCUUCUUUUGUUCAGGCGGAGACUAAGACGCCGGCGACGGCGACAGUGACAGUGACUAAUAAUUGCAUGGCCGAUAACUGCUCUCCGGCUUGCGAUUUCGGAGAAGUUGUUGGUCUUUGGCCUGAGUCAGAGCUGUUUCUAGAAGACCCUUUAUUUCAUGAGAUUAAUGCCUAGUUUUUUUUUUUCCUUUUUUGGCCUUGAAAUGCCUGGUGAUUUUAUGUUAAUUACGGCUUUACUGUGUGUAUUCUUGUGCUUUUUUUUUUGCUUUUGUAAAUAAUGUUCAUUAUUAUGAGUAUAGUCCCUUAUUAUUGACGUUUUGAAAUAAUAUAUGUAAUCUCUCCGUGUAAUUUUAUGAC